AGGAGGAAGGCGCUGGCGGGCAGUGAUGGCGGCGGGUGAUGGGGACGUAAAGCUAAGCACCCUGGGGAGCGGCGAGGAGCGUGGCGGCGACGGGAGCCCGGGUGGCGCGGGAGCGACGGCGGCGAGGAGCAGUUGGGUGGCGGCGCUGCUGGCGACGGGCGGGGAGAUGCUGCUGAACGUGGCGCUGGUGGCGCUGGUGCUGCUGGGGGCCUACCGGCUGUGGGUGCGCUGGGGGCGGCGUGGUCUGUGCUCGGGACCCGGGGCGGGCGAGGAGAGCCCGGCCGCCACGCUGCCGCGCAUGAAGAAGCGGGACUUCAGCCUGGAGCAGCUGCGCCAGUACGACGGGGCGCGCACGCCGCGCAUCCUGCUCGCGGUCAAUGGGAAAGUCUUCGACGUGACCAAAGGCAGCAAGUUCUACGGCCCCGCGGGUCCAUAUGGCAUCUUUGCUGGCAGGGACGCCUCCAGAGGGCUGGCGACAUUCUGCCUGGAUAAGGAUGCACUUAGAGAUGAGUAUGAUGACCUCUCAGAUCUGAACGCAGUGCAAAUGGAGAGUGUUCGAGAGUGGGAAAUGCAGUUUAAAGAAAAAUACGAUUAUGUGGGCAGACUCCUAAAGCCAGGGGAGGAGCCGUCAGAGUACACAGACGAGGAGGACACCAAGGAUCACAGUAAACAGGACUGAACUCUGUGAACACCAAAGCCAGGGGCCUUCAGAACUGCAACUCGUCCCCCUUCCGAGAGUGUCCAGGCUGGGUGUGACGCUCCUGCCGUGAGGAGCGUCUCACCAGAGCAAACAAGAUAACCUGCCUGCCCGACUGAAGGUCUGAGUGAACAGAUCACCUGCCUGCCUGAAGGCCUGAGCAGGAGCAUUGGCUGUGCUGCCAGGUGACGUUGGUGCAGUUGGUUGUCAUGUCUGGGGCCUUCAUCAUCCUGAAAAGGAGACAGGACCUUCUCAACAGCAACAAAGUCACCGGGUUGUUCUCCCCUCCCCCUCCCCUUCCCCAUCUCUUUUCUCUCUUCCCUCCUUUCCCCCACCCUUCCCAUGUCUCUCUUUUAAAACAAAACAAAAAAGUAUCAAAGACAACCAGAUAGGUAUUUCACUCAGUGUGCAGAUCUCUGGAAAGCAAGGGAUCCUGGUUCCCAGCCGUGUUUUAUUUGUGUUAAGGGAAGAGCCCUGGGCGGGGAGAGGGGUUGCAUCUUCAUUUAAGAAGUUCAGGCUACUGAAACAUUCAGACAUGAAUUCCCAAACUUUUCUUUCUGGGCUUUGUCAGGGAAGAGGGAAAAUGUCCUUCUAAGAAAGAUUUGGAAGUCAGAAGGAUUUCCAGUGGAUUGAAGUCAGCAGUUCCCAGCUAAUUUGAAACCAGUUUUAUUUCUUUCCCUUCUUCCGCUAGGUCAAAUCAAUAUUAAUUGUGCCUUAUUUCACUUCCAUAAACUUGAAUUACUUUUUGGGAAAGCCCCUCUGAAUUGAGAAGUCACUACAAGCGGCGUUGAGGCUGAGGCUGAUGUCAUUCUGGGCGUAGACUGGACGAGGCGCGCUCAGCGGUAGUUGCCGCGUGUUAGAACAUGGCACAGCUACAGCGCGACGGCCACACACAGCCCCUGUGCUUUUUUCUUUUCCAAGAAAAAUUGAAAAACAAACAACUCUUCCCCAGCAGCUGCCUAACUUUCAGAGUCUGACCCCCCCCACACACAUACACACGUCCCUGGUAUGGGUGAGUGGGGCCGCGGUAUGAAUGUCGUCUGUGUGAGUGAGUCUGGAUGUCCGUGAGAGCACCUUGGGAGGGACUCUUCCUGCGAUGCUGUAAAUACGAGGACCGUUUUAAUAAAGCAUGUACCAUAAACCAAAUAAGCUGGAGUUGGACUCUAAGUGCAGAGCCGUGAGCCAGUGUGUCAUACACUACUACGACUGCAGUUAAUUCAGGAUGGGGGGAAUCCUCAGAAAUGAAAGUCGGGCCCUGACUAGCCAAGCUGUACGUGUCCCAUGCUCAGUGUGACGUCCACGGUAAGUCCACCUUGGUGGGCGGUUCAGGGAAGACGCUCAGGCCUCGCUGCCACUGUGUGCUGGAAGCAGCAGCUUCCAAGCAGGAACUGACGUGAAAUCACAGUAUUGUGCCCAUAGCCAGUAAAUCCCUUUCUUGUUAGUUGAAAAAGUUCUAUUUCUAAGCCUGCUUAGGUCAGGCUUUGACUUCAUUAUUAUGGAUUCUUGGUCAGGGACAGACUGCUCUCACAGAGAAAAGCCCCCAAAUAGGUGACACUAAAGGACGUGUUGGGUGCACUGCAAACAGAAGUCCAGAAGGUGCGACGGGAAGCAGAGGGUGCGGGGUGCUACGCUCUUAGCAUGUUGGCAGAAUCUCCAAAAAAGGGUGGUUGUCACAGAUCCUGGCUGAAGAACUCUCAUGGAGGCUCAAGAGUGUUGGUAAAUGCUUCCUUUUUUAUGUAAAAUAUUUUCUAAAAGCAAAUUGUUAUAUAUCUAUCUAUCCUCUGAUGUAGUAAAUUGGUGUAUCUGAACCUUUGAGCCUGAAGGCUGAUGAUCUGCAUUUGUGGAAUCCCCAGGUAUUCAUGCAGUAAAAACAAUGCAUUUUAUUCUUUAAAAGGAAGUGGUUUUGUGUUUUGGACUUUAAAUAAAACUGUGUUCUGUAGAUAA